CAGAUCCCUUAAUAUGUCACACCGGAAUGCGGAAGUUGUUUUAUCAUUCUGGAACGUUUUGGAAUUCUUUUUUUUAUUUUUAGUAAUCAGCUACAAUUAAACCAAAUAUGAAACAAUGGCCGAGUUCGCGAAAAAGUGACACAUGGUGUCACAAUAUCGAUAGAUUCUGGCGCGGAUUUAAAUUUUUCAGAUAAACAAAAAAAAUGUAAGACUAGCCCAGUCUUUUCCAUGGGCGAACACGCAGCGCUUUUACGCUUGUAUCAACUUGGCCAAUUAAAUGUUUGUGGUGAUGUUUCACGCCAAACAAUCGGCAUCAUUUCAGACUAACGAUAAUUGACUUAGCUAGUAUUGAUGGAAAUAGAUAGUUUGCGUAACAAGACAGCUAGCAAGCUACAAAAUCAAGUAUCCAACAUUUGGUCAGCUGACAUGCACCCUUUUCCAAACCAUGUGACCAAACGACCUUUGUACCGGUAGUGGUCUUCAAAAAGCUAGCAUUAGCAGUUCGCUUGUAUUUCUACAGAGAUCGCCUUUUCCUCUCACAUCAAGUACAAUAUCGACGUGCAUAGUAGGAAAAAAAUACUGCUCUGCCAAGAGAUGCCCCUCUAGCGAACUCCUUUGAUGUAACACUACCGAGGCAGGAAUCACCGCUUUACAGCAUAUUCAUCAUAACAUCAAUAUCAUCAUCUGACUGGAGAGACACACCACCUAUUUUGAUUAAUCCACAUUCAACUCCCAAAGACCAGGUGGCUCUGAAGGAGGAAUCCGAGACGAAGGCAGCAGGAGGAUCCACCCAGCGCCAGCGGACCAACCAUGACCUCCAACACUGACAAUCGUCAAGACGGCCCAGGUCCAGUUCUCUCCAGGAUAUCAGCGAGCACCUCUGAGGAGGAUGUUCUCUGUCCUACUCCACCUCUGCCCCCAGGACCUGAUUCUCAGUAUGAGAGAAUCGGAGGCCAAACAGGGGCUUCGUUUUUACAGACCCUGAUCCACCUCCUGAAGGGGAACAUUGGUACAGGGCUGCUAGGUCUACCUCUGGCGGUCAGGAACGCAGGCCUUGUGUUAGGACCUCUGAGUCUGUUUGCCAUGGGGAUAAUAGCAGUCCACUGUAUGAAUCUGCUUGUAAUCUGUUCCCACCACCUCAGUGUAAAGUUGAACAAGCCCUUUCUGGACUAUGGCGAUGCUGUGCAGUAUGGUAUGGAGAAUGUCUCGUGGCUGAGAAGGCACUCAAUAUGGGGGAGGCGGAUAGUGAACGUGUUUUUGAUCAUCACCCAGCUGGGUUUCUGCUGUGUCUACUUCGUCUUCCUCAGUGACAAUAUCAAACAGGUGGUGGAAGCUUCUAACGGGACAACCAUGAACUGCCACAACAACCAGACGGCUGUGACCGUCCCCAGCUUUGACUCCCGUCUCUACAUGUUGUGUUUCCUGCCAGCUGUUAUAAUCUUGGUGUUCACCCGCAACCUGAAGUACCUGGCCCCCCUCUCUCUGGUAGCCAACCUGGCCAUGUGUACUAGCCUGGUCCUCAUCUACUUCUUCUGCUUCACGAACAUACCAAAUCGUAUCAGCCUGCCGAAGGUGGGUCAUGCCAAAGACUAUCCUCUCUUCUUUGGAACGGCCAUCUUUGCUUUCGAGGGGAUAGGAGUGGUCCUGCCCCUGGAGAACAAGAUGCAGAAGCCUCAGAGUUUCAAUAUGGUUCUAUAUCUGGGAAUGGGCAUCGUCACCUUCCUCUAUAUCAGCUUGGGGACCAUAGGGUACAUCACCUUUGGAGAGGCCAUAGGGGGAAGUAUCACCCUUAACUUACCCAACUGCUGGAUGUAUCAGAUUGUAAAGUUGCUCUACUGUUUCGGUAUCUACAUCACCUUUGCCCUUCAGUUCUACGUGCCAGCUGAGAUCCUGAUUCCUCCGGUGGUGUCCCGUGUCUCCGAGAGAUGGACACUGCCGGUAGAUCUUCUGAUCCGCGCUGUGCUCGUCAUUUUUACCUGUGUCCUGGCCAUAUUGAUCCCCCAGCUGGACCUGGUCAUCUCUUUAGUGGGGUCCAUCAGCAGCAGUUUCCUGGCUCUCAUCUUCCCUCCACUCCUCCAGAUCCUCACCUACCACAACGAAGGUCUGUCUCCCUGGGUCAUCGUCAAGAACACCCUGAUCUCUGUCAUCGGCUUCAUCGGCUUCAUCACCGGCACCUAUAUAUCCAUCACAGAGAUCAUCAAACGCAACGGCAGACAUGACAAUCUGGAUGUGACCUUCUUCCAGGUCCAGUGAGAGAUUUAGUGAGGAAGAGGAGGAUAUCUUGACAGUGGUUGGUCUGGCAAACAGUGGAGGCUGGUGGGUGGAGAAAUCUGAGGACAGGUUCAUUCUAGAAUGGAUGCUACCUUCCUCCGAUUUAAGGUGACACCAGCCUCCACUGCUGUCAAGCAAUCCAACCCAGAAGUCCUCACCCUGGCUACAGCCAUGUUUUGUUUUUCUCACUUGCUCCAUUGUCCAUUGAUUACACAUUUAUUGAUAUUGUGAGUCUGCUUACUGUUGUGGUUAUUGGUCGCUGUGGAACAAUUUAUUUAAUGGAAUAUAAGUGUUAAAUCAACUAUUUUCUACAGUAGCUGUAUAGCCAAGUAGAGAACUUGUUCUUCUGACACGAGCGUCAUUCUCUCUGUGCCUCAUGAGCUUCGAUGUUUUUAACUUCUUAAUUUUAUGACAUACUUUUUAUAUUUUAAACUCUGCUAUGCCGCAAGCGCACCUUCUAUCUUACAUGUUCAUUAUUUUAUGUUGAAUCAUUUAACCAAAUCAUUGAAUAUUGAGCAAUCACAUUCUCGUAACAUUUUAUUAUUAUUGUUAAAACAUCCUGGGAUGUUGUUUUAAGUGAUCAAAUUAAGGCAAUAAGGUACUUAUGUGCCUUAUUACUAUUAUAAACUGGUUACUAAUGUAAUUCGAGCAGUAAAAAUACAUGUUUUGUCAUAGCCGUGGUAUACGGUCUGAUAUACCAUGGCUUUCAACCAAUCAGCAUUCGGAGCUCGAACCACCCGAGUUAAUAAUAUCAUUUAAAUAACAGUUAAAUGCCAUUUUGAAUGAUAUCUUCAUUCUACAGACCUUACAAAGAGGAAGAUGUAUGUUUUUAACCACAGCGUGACUAGACUAUUUCCAAUAGAAAUGGUAAAUGGCUGACCGUGUUUAAUAAGACUAUCAGAACACAACAACCUGUAGUCUGUUGAUCACCAUCGUCAUUACUGCUGUACAUGUAGCUAUGACGAUGACCGUUGAAUAACGUUUACUGAUUGACUACAUUUUAGAGACUAGAUGUAAUAGUUGAAAGUUCACUUUUUUUUGUUUUUAAAAGGUAAAGCUUCAUUUACAUUUUUAAGGCAAGCUGACUAGAUCACCUACUGUAAUACUGAUGAACUUGAGGGACUGUAAAGAGAAAAUACAAAACAAUGUGUGUUAUUGUAGAGCUAAUACCAUUUUUGUUAUUUCUCAGUUGAUGUUAUUUAUGUUGGCAUUUUCCUUUUUUUACAUUUGUCUCAGGUUGGGCACUGGAUUUAUUCAUGUUACUAAUCUUCCAGUUAUCACAACUGCUAUUUAAUUUGUUUUAUCACUUUAUCACUUGUCUCGCUUGUACCAACGGUUUGAGUUUUUUUGGGUGGACUGAGGUGGGCCCAGAUUAGACUGGGUUGGACUGAGGUGGGCCCAGAUUAGACUGGGUUGGACUGAGGUGGGCCCAGUUUAGACUGGGUUGGACUGAGGUGGGCCCAGUUUAGACUGGGUUGGACUGAGGUGGGCCCAGAUUAGACUGGGUUGGACUGAGGUGGGCCCAGAUUGGACCGAGGUGGGCCCAGAUUAGACUGGGUUGGACCGAGGUGGGCCCAGAUUAGACUGGGUUGGACCGAGGUGGGCCCAGAUUAGACUGGGUUGGACCGAGGUGGGCCCAGAUUAGACUGGGUUGGACCGAGGUGGGCCCAGAUUAGACUGGGUUGGACCGAGGUGGGCCCAGAUUAGACUGGGUUGGACCGAGGUGGGCCCAGAUUAGACUGGGUUGGACCGAGGUGGGCCCAGAUUAGACUGGGUUGGACCGAGGUGGGCCCAGAUUAGACUGGGUUGGAUAUCAUGGUGAUGUCACAUGGCAUUGGGAGAAUUUAACUGAUAGUCGGUCUCUUCGACUAGCCUUGAAUAAUGGCAGGUUUGAACUAUUUGUUGAGUUUGCACUUUAUUGUUGUUGAAAUAUAGUAUUCUGAAUUUCCCGUGAGAGAAUACUGCUGAACAUUUUAUAAGGGGUCUUUUUUCGUGAUCUUGAACAUGUAAAAAUAAAAUGUUUUUAUUUCACUACAGUCUAAAUGGGAAAAAGUUCACAAUUCUGGAAAUUAUACUAGCUUUGAAUAAUGGCAGAUUUGAACUAUUGUUGAGUUUGCACUUUAUUUUAAAUCAAAUAUAGUAUUCAUGAACAUGUCAUUUUUAUUUCAUUACAACCUAAAUGAAAGAAGUUCACACUUCUGGAAAUUAUACUUAAGCAUUUUUGUUGCUUGUUGUGGUGUUGACGGGAAUUCUGAUGUUUACAUCCCCUUAAAAAUUGUACUCAUCAUAUAGGUUAUGUCCCAAAUUGCAGCCUAUUCCCUUCGUAGUGCACUACUGUUGAGCAGAGUCCUAUUGGGCCUUGUCAAAUGUAGCGCACUAUAAUAGGGAAUUGGGUGGCAUUUGGGAUGUAGGCAGUCUCGUUCACUAGUCUGAUGUCUCUCUGGACAUUAGCUACAAGGGGAUGACUUGGAGGUUACCCAUCAUAGAACUGAAAGAUCCUCUCCGGUACUUGUUAGCCAGUAGUUCUGGACAAAAUUAGGCCCCUGAAAAGUGGUGUAGUACGGCGUAUGUCCCACCACAUCAUUGCUCUCGCUCCCUCACUCUACUGUGUGUGUCUUGAUAGUUGUCACUCAAAUGGCGAGGUGCUGAAACUCUUAAUUGCUACGGGGGCUGGCCCACGUGGGGGUAAAUGUAGGGAAAAUGUAGCUGCAUAGGUUCCAGAAAACAUCCGCUUUCAAGCUAGGGAUUUUAUUUUGAAUAGAGAUAAAAACAGUAAUUCUGCUCAUAGAUGAUGCAUGUAUGAACUACACAUUGACACAUCCAGCCCAAAGUGGGAGUAAAAAAAAGAGUACUAUUUGCCAAAGUACCGGAGCAUGUCAGUAGUUGAGGCGGCAGGUAGCCUAGUGCUUAAAGCGUUGGGCCAGUAACCGAAAGGUUGCUGGAUUGAAUCGCUGAGCUGACAAGGUAAACAUCUGUCAUUCUGCCCCUGAACAACGCAGUUAACCCACUGUUCCUAGAUAAAGGUACAUGUUUAUUAUCAUUUAUUUUUAUUUUUAUGUCUUUUAAUGGAAAUAAAUAUUUGCAUAUCAUGAAUACCUCAACUAUCAUCACAGCUUGUCUUGGGGUUUUUACAGAUGUAUGUUAAGCCAGAGUAAUAUUGUACAUUUUGAGUCACUAAAUGUACUGUAAUUUCAGCAAAAAUAAAAACGAAUGCAUAUAUAAUAAAAGAUGAGCAUAUUUCCUCACUGUCUGAAA